AACAUCAACAUUUGUAUCAUCACAUGUUUAUGAAUAAUAAAAUAAAAAUGUCUGUAAACAUUCAUCGAACACUUCUCUGUUUAUUUGGAGUUGUAAUGUUUUCUUUAAUCACAGAAAGUGCGUGUCCCUUUGGUACUUUCGGAACAAUGUGUCAGUUUCGUUGCCAUUGUAGGGAACCUCUAGAUUGUGAUAAAAACAUCGGUAACUGUGAGUCUGGUUGCACAGGUCAAUGGUCCGGUAGAAACUGCCAACAAGAGAAUGUGUCGUUUAACGCAUCUACAUCACACAAAGUAGGAAUAGGAUCAACACAAUCGUGGUAUGGUGUUGAUGGUAAUACUAGUACCUGUGCUAUAACUACGGCUGGUGUUAAUGGUUGGUGGAUGGUCAUGUUUGAUAAACCACAUACAAUCAAUACAAUAUAUCUCAACGCAGGUACAAACACCUCGUUAUUUGAUUGGCAGAUCAAGGUUGGAGAUGACGGUAACCUAUUUACCAUGGUGAUAUGUAGUGAGAUCGAGUCUCAUGGGUCUUCAGCGUCUGUGUUUUGUGACAGACCACAGAGAGGCCAAUAUUUAGCUGUGUUAAAUAGACACGGACCUGUUGUUAUUUGCGAUCUUUCAGUUUAUAUUUGUAGUAAAUAUAGCUUUGGACCAGGAUGUGAGCGACAAUGUUCAUGUAAAGAGCCAAACGAACAGUGUGAUAUACUAACUGGGGCAUGCUCAUCCGGGUGUCGGACAGGUCGUCAAGGAGUAGACUGUCAGAUAGAAUGUCUUGGGUAUUAUGGUCCAGGUUGUUCCUAUAACUGCGGUCAUUGUUUAAAUGGUACUACAUGUGAUUCUAUGUCAGGAUUCUGUCCAAUGAACAAUUGUGAUCCUGGCUGGGAAGGAAGAACAUGUCAUAGAGAGUGCAAGACGGGUUUUUAUGGAUAUAAGUGUAAUAGCAGAUGUGGGCACUGCAGCGAUAACUUAAUGUGCCAUCAUGCCAAUGGAAGUUGUCCUAAUGGAUGCCAGGCUGGGUGGAAUGGAAAAACCUGUAUGGAAAAAUGCAAUACGACUCAUUUUGGUAAAGAUUGUUUGCAGCCGUGUGGGAACUGUUUUGACGGGUCAUGUGACAAACAGACUGGAGAAUGUACAUCUGGGUGUAAGCCUGGGUUACAAGGGGACAGAUGUGAUACAGAAUGUUCUCCUGGUAGAUGGGGUUUAAGGUGUGGUGAAUUAUGUGGACACUGCCGAAAGAAAGGUUGUGGUCUAGUCAAUGGAAGAUGUGGUACUGGGUGUGCACCGGGGUGGACAGGUGAUAAAUGCUUGGACGAAUGUCCUAGUGGAAUGUUUGGAAUGAAUUGUACAGAGGUGUGCAAAAAAUGUAAAGGAGCUGUAUGCAAUGCUACUAAUGGGAGAUGUCUUCAUGGGUGUAUGGAUGGAUUUUCAGGAGAAAAUUGUAUACCAUUGAUAUCUGCAGCACCUGCAUUCGAAGAAGAAACCACAAACACGUUGCAAGUAUUUCUUGGUGUUAGUGUAACUGUAGUGAUAUCCGUAAUGGUAUGUCUAAUAUUUUGUCUAGUUUCAAACUGGAGAAGAGAAGAUAUUUCUAAAUACGACAGACAGCUGGUAGUACACGAUAAAGACAUCAGAUUGGAAGAGACUAGACAUUUGAACUGUAAUGGAGAACUUCGAAGUUAA